AUGGCCACUGGAGGGUCAUCUAUUUACAAGGGAUCUGACCUGAUUCAUGACUACAGUUGUUCCAAGUGUGAGGAAAAUGACCUUAAUACUGAAGCCACUUACUUUUGUCCACAGUGUGAACACUAUCUGUGUGACAAGUGUGUAAAUUUACAUAAUGGAUAUCAUAACAAACAUACGGUAUACGGCCGUGGAGACAUUCAGAAGUGGGCGGGGUUUUCCUUGGACAGAUGUGAUGCUCACGGCGACAAGCUGAAGGUCCACUGUGAUGACCACCAGCAACUUUGCUGCAGUGUCUGUGUGGCUCUUAACCACAGGCUGUGUAGCAGCAUCAGUCACCUUCCUGACCUGGCCAAGGGCUUCCUGAACACAGCAGAGUUCAAGCAGCUGCCAAAAGAAGUGGACAAGAUGAGGAACAGGCUAGAUGAGCUCUCAAAUGCCAGGAUGAAAGACCAAGUGUCAAUGAACGACUCGUACAAGAACAUCAUUUCUGAAAUCAAGGCUUUCCGAAAAAAAAUAAACAAAAUCCUAGACAAGCUUGAGAAGAAGACAGUUGGACAGUUAGAUAGGCAAAAGGAAGAUUUGGAAAAGAUUAUCAAAGAUGAUAUGGAAUCUUGUGUCAAUAUGAAUAACCAACACAAGACCAUGAUGGAAAAGAUCCAGCAGAUAAAUGGUAAACACAAGGAGACCAACUCUUACAUUGGUUUCAGAAUAUGUCAGACCAAGUUGGGUGAGACCAAGAGCGCCAUGCUUGAAAUACAGAAAAAGCCAACAAGAAGAAUAAGCUUCAAAUCUGAUAGAAGUUUAUUGCCAUUUCUCAGAAACCUUAAUAAUCUUGGAGAUGUCGACAGUUUUCUUUCCAUGCCAAAAAGAGCAGAUGGUGAUCACGUUUACAAAACUCAGAGUUCAAGUUGUUAUGAUGUUAAGAUAAAGAAGGAUGUCAGCAAGUGCCAUAUUGUAGGUAUAUGUGAGUUGCCUAGUGGAGAGGUGGUUAUUGCUGAUCAUUACAACAGGAGGGUGAAGCUUCUGAACAACCAAUACAAAGUCACUGAUCACUGUGAUCUUCCUUCUUAUCCUCAAGACCUGUGUCGCACUGAGCGUUAUGAUAUAUAUGUAGCUGUAGAUAGUUGGGGUACUUUGCAUGAGGUCCACUCACUCUCAGUGACCAGAGGGAAGUUACAGGCAGUGAGAAAGUUUACCACAAACCACUUAUGCCUUUCUAUUGCCAUCCACCAGGGCCAGCUCUAUGUGAAUGACAAUAAUUCCCUGUACCAGUACACAAUGGAUGGAGAACUUGUAAAGGAAAUUUAUAAAAGCAGUUCUCCUGAUCGUACAAUCUGCAAAUGUACUGUUAGUCCAGAUGGGGAGAGAAUUUAUGUAACAAAUUAUGCUAAACAAGAAUUUAUAACACUGGAUAAAGGUGGUCAAGUAUUGUCUACUUUAGAAGAUCCUGAACUGCUGUGGCCCUGGGGACUGUGUGUCUGUCCCAGUGGCAAUGUGUUUGUGUGUGGGAAAGCGUCUAACACUGUGUUACAGGUGGAUAGAAAGGGGAGAAAGAAGCUGGCCACAGUGGCCAGCAAGGCUGAUGGCUUGUGUUCGCCUUCGUCAGUGUGCUUCAGUGAACAUAAUUCCAGCCUCAUUGUAGGAAAUCUUAAUCAGGACCAGAUCAUUGUUCUCAAUACGUUCAAACAGUGA